AUGGAACAACUCAGAUGUAUCGGACAGAAACCUGUUAACGAGUCAUCACACUUUCAGCAAGCUGGACUCUCGUGGCGAUUAAUUCGCGGCUUGCGCAUGACUGAUCUAGGAGCGUACGACGACGUGGACACAUCAGUGCAGAAAGCUUACCUUAUAUGCACUGUGAAUGCAGAUAAUAAGGAAUUUCUGAAUGAAUUAACAAAAUUAUUGAAAAAAUUUUUGUCCAGGGAAAUACUUACGUCUCACACAGCACAAAGAUUAAGUAGUACAAAGAAACCUAUUUUUAAGUCAACUAAUUUUUAUAUAUGUUUGAAAGAUUCACUUAUGCAUGUGUAUUCGGGAAAAAAAGUUAUAGAAGAUGAGGUGUUAUGUAAAAUAAUUGGGGCUAUCAUUAAUAAUGCCUACGAUGGGAAGAUCAUAGGCAUAAAAGGCAAAGACUAAACAAUAAAGUUUUUUUUUAAAGUUUUGUAUUUCUGUAACAAAGUUUUGUAUAAGUUGUCCUUAUUUCAAUCGAAAAUUUGUAUUUUACAUAAUAUAAGAAAAAUAAAUAAAUCAAAUGUUU